UCUUCUCUCAUCCAAUACUCACUCUUUCAAUUUCAAAUUCCAAAAGCUAGUCAAAGACGGAGAGAGGCCGUUGCGUUUCCCGGCGAGACGACUGCUCCACGGACGGAUUAACCGAUCAUCGAUUGUUUCAUUCUCCGGGUUCUUCAGGUUUGUGAUUUCGUGUAUUUGUCUCACUAGGAUGGCUUAUUCGAGGAACGUUUAUGAUGAUAAUGGUGAUGGAUUCGAAGAUACUGUGUAUCGUUACUUGUGUCCUGUGAGAAAAGCAGGGAGCGUUAUUGGUAAAGGUGGUGAGAUUGCAAAGCAGAUUAGGUUUGAGACGAAAGCAAACUUGAGGGUAAACCAGGCUUUACCUGGUAGUGACGAGCGUGUUGUUACUAUAUAUUCUACAAGCGAGGAGACGAAUCGUAUUGAUGAUGAUGAUGAGGAUUUCGUUUGUCCUGCUUUUGACGCUCUUUUCAAGGUUCAUGAUAUGAUUGUGGGGCAAGAACUUAGCAAUGAUGAUUAUGAUUAUGAUGACGAUGAGUAUAAAACUGUUGUUACUGCAAGGAUGCUUGUGCCUUCGGAUCAAAUUGGUUGCCUUAUUGGAAAAGGUGGACAAGUUAUCCAAAAUCUGCGUAAUGAAACUAAUGCUCAAAUUCGUGUUAUAAGUGAUAAUCUGCCUAUUUGUGCUUUGGCUUUGAGUCAUGAUGAGCUUCUUCAGAUAACUGGAAAUCCCUCUGCUGUUAGAGUAGCUCUUUACCAAGUUGCCUCUCUGCUUUAUGAGAAUCCGUCGCAGUUUCAGAACUACUUUCUCUCGUCCCCUAGUACCUCGCAGCAUCAACACGGUGGAAUUCUAAUGAGUCCUGCACUAACAAGCUCUCGCAAAAAUUACUCUGCGCCAAGAGAUGUUGCCGAUUCAAGAGUGUUUUCUAUCUGCUUCAUAUGUCCAGCUGAAAAUGUUGGAGGUGUAAUAGGAAAAGGCGGCUGUUUCAUUAAUCAGAUUAGGCAAGAAUCUGGUGCGACCAUCAAAGUUGACACCUCCGUAACUGGUGAAGAUGAUGAUUGCGUUAUAUACAUAUCAUCAAAAGAGUUCUUCGAAGAUCAAUCCCCAACCGUGAUUGCAGCCUUACGCUUACAAACACGAUGCAGUGAGAAAGUGGGGAAAGAUUCAAGUGAUUCUGCAAUCACCACUCGUGUACUUGUUCCUAGUUCUCAAGUAGGGUGUCUCAUUGGAAAAGGCGGAGCUCUUAUAUCUGAGAUGAGGAGUGUCACAAAAGCAAAUAUCCGCAUUUUUCAAGGCGAAGAUGUACCAACAAUUGCUCGUGAGGACGAGGAGAUGGUCCAGAUAACAGGAAGUUUUGAUGCAGCAAUCAAAGCUCUUACUCAAGUGAUGUUGCGAUUAAGAGCCAAUGUAUUUGACAUGGAUCGAGGUCUUGUCCUGCUUCCAACUUUCUUUCCUUAUAUUUCUCAAACAACAGAGACUUCGAGCAUGCCUAAGCACAAAAAACGCGAGAACCAUUCUCAUGGCUCCAUGGAAACUGCUAGAAAUGAAGACUACAGUAGUCAAAUGAACUUAAAUUCCCCAAGAAGAAACCGAGUUUACUGAUCACCAAACAAUCGUAAAAGGGUAUUGUUCUAUUAUGUUGAAAACACUUAUUAGAUUUCGGGAUAGUGUUAAAACACUAGGGCGUUUUUUUUGGAAUCCAAGUAAAAAAAGAGGAUUUUGGGUUUGUUUUGAGUCUCAAGAAAUCUAAAAAUGCAGGAAGUUCUUGAACAACUGACAAGUUUUUUUUGUAAUCUUCAUUAAAGAUUUAGCACGAGAGUUUCUUUAACUUUUGACUCCCUCUUGAGUAUAAUUGAAUAACUUCUUAAUCAUGAA